ACUGGUCAAGCUCACACUAUCCGGUGGAUAUGCUCUUCAAGCCAAACGCGUGUUUUUCCCAGCGCUCAAAUCACUUACUCUAUAUUUAACUUCAAGGCUUGAUCAUCCCAACUUUUGUCGGCUCAUCGAUGGCUGCCCUGUACUGGAAGAACUGUUCAUAUGUGAAGCUGAUUCUUGGGAUAUGCCAUGUUGCGGUGUAGGUGUGGAAAGUGCAUCCAUCAAGCGACUUGUGGUUUCUGUCAAUCUUCCGGGUUCUAAACACGAUCACCAUGUAGCUUAUUUCAAAGCAGCAAGUCUUCUUUACCUUGACUAUUCUAGUUAUGUCUCUGAAAAUUAUGAGUUAACUGAUUUGGGUUCGCUUGUCGAAGUCAGGCUGAGUCUCCGGUUAUGGGACUCAACUAAAGAUUAUGAUUAUUCUGAUGAAGAUGAUGACUAUUAUGGUUACUAUUAUGAUGAUGAACCGGCUAUAUUUGGUGAUAUUACAAAUCUAGUUGCAGACAAAGAUCUCCAAGGAGGUGGAGCACUCUCAGAGACCAAGGCCAAACCAGUUGAUUUGGUGGUGGAGAGUAUUAGUAUCUUAGGCUUUAUUGAGUUGGAUCUUGUGGAAGAAUCACCGCAGAAGAGAGUAAGAGGCGAUCCUCCGCCGCCUGAUCAUCCCGCCGGUAACGAUGAUCAAACAAACGACCUUGAUGUUGAGAGUGAUGUUGCACGACAAAUACAAAAUUUAGGCACUCUAUUAGGCAUAGAGGUGAACCUUACCAAUAUCCUAUUAGAGAGAAAUGCUGUACCGGGUCUCUUCAAAUCGCAUUUCCACUAUCAUGAGUCUUGUGCAUUGGUCGGUUGCACGCUUCCUCGAGAGAAGACUUUCGCUGACAACAAACGUUACUGCUGUCGUGGCCAUAAAAAGCUCUCUUCAAAAUGGUCUGAGAAGAAGGCAGCAUUUCAUGUUUAUGACGGUUUAAAUGAGAACAAAGUUCAAAGAGAUGAGCUUUGUUGCACGACCGUGAAGCUUAAAGCGGAUGGGAUAGACGUUGGCAUUCCUACUCUAGAAACCAGCAGUGUCUUCACCAAACCUCCUUGGGAAAACGAGGACCUCUUCCCCACAGCUCUUCGUGAUCACGAAGGGAGCCGAGACUACUUAUUUUUUGCCACACCUCCUCCCUUUUACAUCACAUAUGACAAGGCCCUACCGAUCAAGUGGAAACCAAACCCUCGCCUUAAACGACAAAUCAAUGGCCAAGAGGUCGCUAUUACUGGCUUGACCAUAAACGUACCACUUGAUGCAGAGGGACAGAAGAGAUACGCAUGGAAACUCUUUCUCUACCAGUAUAGAGAUCUUUCCCUCUACUGUCUCUCGUUGGUGGUCCAAGGAGCUCUACGCCUAAAACUCCCUGCUAAAACGCCAAAACAGAAACGGCCCAAACCUGAUGAAGACCCGAAUGGUGGUGAGGAAAAAGGGAAAGAGAUCAGAGAAGUUUCUACUCAUGUAAUCCCAAAUUCAAAUACUGGUAAGACCAAGCCACCUACGACUAGGAGACAAGGCAGAGGCAAGGAUAUUGUUGCCUCUGGAAACACCAUGAGUAAAUGCUGUUCUGUCUUUGACGACUUUGGCCUGGAAAAAGUCAGGCAGGUUUACUUUGCUGAUGUGUGUGGAUCAACUCUAGACUCUCACCAUGGAUUUGUUGCUGAAUGUGGUCCAUCUAGGGAUGUAGACUUAGGCUUUCAUGUGGAUGAUUCAGAAGUAACAUUGAAUGUUUCUCUGGGUAAACAAUCUGUGGGAGGGGAAUUAUAUUUCCAAGGCGCAAGUUACAAUAACAUUGGGAAAAGAUAUGAUGCAAAGUCAGAGGUUGCCGUUUUUGCUCCUUCACGGUCAUCACCCUAUGUUACCAUAACACUAAAGACCAUGUUUGAGCCACUUUACAGGGAGUUGUAUACAUUUGACCCCACAUUCUUUUUCACCCCCUCUUUCCUGAAGGCCAUCAAUGGAGACACAGUGGAAAGCUUUGGAAGUGUAGUUUCUGUAUCGUCUCCAGGAAUAUUUGUCUCUGAAAUGCUUCAGCCUAAAUUCUAUGAGAUGAUGCUAUCAAAGGUAGAUAAGUUCGGAGAGUGGGUUAAUGUGGCAAAGAUCCAGAUCACGAAACCAAACACCAUGAGGAAAUACGGUACCUUGCUUGACAACUUUGGACUGGAUAGCAUGCUUGAAAAUAUCAUGGAGGUGUUCCCGGAAGUGUGUGGAUCAAAGUCUGACUCUCAGAAUGGAUUUGUUGUUGAAUAUGGCACAGAUAGGGAUAUUGACUUAGGCUUUCAUGUGGAUGAUUCAGAACUAACAUCGAAUGUGUCUUUGAGUAAACAUUUUGAGGGAGAGGAAUUAUAUUUCAGAGGCACACGAUGCAAGAAACAUGAUGUGAAUACAGAUACAAAGCCAGAGGAAAUGUUUGGUGACUCUCACACACCGGAUCAGGCUGUACUACGCCAUGGUGAUAGAGCAACAACAUCUGGUCAUGGGGUCGAUAUGAUUCUUUGGUCCAGAAGAGAUGCAAUCAUAUCAGAAGGAAUUCUCAAGCUGAUGCGGUCAAAGCUUCUGAGAAAAGAAAUAAAAGCAAAGCCAGACUCUUGUUGCCAGAAGAAAGAGGGUGAAGCUGAAGCUUGAUGAAACCAUACCCGUAGCUUACACAAAUAGCAAUCAAUCGGUCAAGCCCUGAAAGUAUUACUAUUCUGCUUUGACACUUUACUUGGAAAAAAAACUGAGUAUUUUGGGGCUCUUUGUGUUCUGAAACUUCUUGUCUCUCACGUUACUAUGUACAUGAAUUUUUUACCUGCACAAGGAACAAGGUUAUAGUAUAGUAUUGAUCUCAAGAAGUCGUAGAAUUUUACUUCUUGUUGGCGGAUGAAUAAUCCCAAUUUUUUUUC